CACAUAAACACGUUACUUCUGUUUGCUAAGCAGAUGAACAACAGCCCAAGCAGCUGUGGUGACAAAAAUUUUCCAUCAUUCAAACGGCAUACAAACCCUUAAUGGACACUGUACGUUAUCAGCGAAAGGAUUCUUUUAAAUGACUUGAACCUUUGCUUGCAGUAAUAUAACUGACCUUGGACACGUAGCUGCAUUCAUUAAAAGCUAUUCUCAUUUCCUUGUCAUUUUACACUGACAGACGAUUCACAGAACUUCUACUGAAUGGUAUUAGAAAAUUGACAGUGCACGAGCAGGUGUUUGCUUUUCCCAUUCUAUAACGCGAAGGGAAACCAGACAGGUUGUUUUCCUGUGACCCAUUAUUUCCAUUGAUUGUCUGUGCAAACUGGUUACGAAAUGUCUACAAUAAAUCAAUGAAAAAACUCUAAAUAGUACAUAUUACUUAUUGCUGUGCAGUUAAUCAAACUUUCCUACAAACUGCAUUGUAAAGAGAAACCCCCAUUGCGCGCUGCUGUGCCGAUCCCUAAGCACGCAUGGGCGAUGACAGCCCUGCUAACCUCGUAGGCGGAAUCCCGUAAGCGCUAAGGAGGGGAAACUUCAGGUUUGACUCCGCAUUGUGGUAAUCGCAGCGCAGCGCGCUUUGGUUUCGCAUCGCAACACAGGACGGGAGGACUACCGAAAUGCCAGCACUGAUAUGAAACUUCGGACUGGGGGCUUUCUCUCCUCACUGAUUUACACAUUGGAGACAAUUUCAUGAAAAACGAUAGUAUUCACAGACUUUUCUUAACCAAGAAUAUGAAGAAAUGGUGUCGGCUACAUGCGACAGUCAUGGUAUGACAAUUACAACGUAACUCUGAAAAUAACUUAAUAGUACUACGGAAAAGUUACGAAUUUGGAAAAAUAUCACAUAAAGAUGAACAGAACCGAGAUGUUCUUAUCAACAGAAAACGCGACAAUACCCGUUAUGAUGUUCAUUUUCGGGGUCGUGGGUAACAUCAUCGCGAUCGUCGUUCUUUGCAAAUCCAGAAAGGAGCAGAAGGAGACCACAUUUUACACGCUGGUGUGUGGGCUUGCUGUCACCGACCUCUUGGGGACUCUGCUCGCCAGCCCGGUUACGAUCGCGACCUACGUGAAAGGAUCGAUGCCGGGUGGAGAAGCCCUGUGCCAAUACUCUGGAUUCAUCCUCCUCUUCUUUUCAUUGUCGGGUCUCAGUAUUAUAUGCGCCAUGUCAAUUGAAAGAUAUAUGGCUAUUAACCAUGCGUACUUCUACAACCAUUAUAUUGACCAGAAACUUGCAGGGUUGACUCUUUUUGCCAUUUAUGCUUCAAACGUAGUAUUUUGCGCGCUGCCCAGUAUGGGACUUGGACGUGUGGAACUGCAGUACCCGAACACGUGGUGUUUUAUCAACUGGAGAAGUAAUGUGAGUACGGACGCGGUGUUCUCCUACAUGUACGCCGGCUUCAGCUCAUUUCUCAUCCUUUCCACGGUGAUUUGCAACAUAAUGGUGUGCGGGGCACUGAUCGUGAUGCACAGGAGGUUCGUGCGCAGGACGUCGCUUGGGACGGAUCAGAGGAGGAUACAUGAACUCAGAAGAAGACGCAGUUUUCGGCGUUGGGCCGCUGCUGAAAUACAAAUGGUCAUCUUACUUACAACAACUUCCGUGGUGAUACUUAUUUGUUCAAUACCUCUGGUGGUACGGGUAUUUGUCAAUCAAUUUUAUGCAUUAUCUGAGACGGUGCAUAACAACAACCUUGACCUUCAGGCCAUACGAAUUGCCUCUGUCAACCCAAUUCUGGAUCCCUUGAUUUAUAUCCUGCUUCGCAAGACUGUGCUACUUAAGCUAAUUGAGAAGAUCAAGUGCCUGUUCUGUAGGAUUGGGAGUCGGCACCAGCAAAGGACCGCAGACUUCCACUGCAUGGCUGGAGUACGGUCCUCUUCUGUGAUCUCCCAUGAUUCCCCGUCCCUCAUGUCACGGGAACUGAGGGAAGUUACAAGCACCUCCCAGACAGUGCUUUACCUGCCGGAAAACACCAAUGGAUUCCAUUGAAGCUGGCAGAUGGGACAGCCGAGGUCCACAGAAUGUUCCUCUUUGGUGGACAGUGGAGAAUCCGACUCACCAAGCAAACACAACUCUGCCUUAAAGGCUUCAGAUGACCACUGUCUACACACAAGCCUGAAUAAGUCUCCUUUUUGUCCGAAGAAUCAGUGUGACUUUCACAAAUAGAGCACUGAACUUGCAAGAGAAAUGGAUAUAGGUCCCAUGUGUGUACUUUCAGGGGAAUUGAGCUAAUCAUGAGGUCCUGGAAGCUGCUGCAGAUGAUGACAUUGGACUUCCUUGGUAUUUGGAGAUCAAACAGGCUUGACAAAAAAUUUGUUAGGACUUAUUUAGCCAACACAAGCGGAACUUUGAAUUGAAUUUUGAAUUUUCUUUGUGUGCGAAAAUUGAGGCUUUAGGCUGAAACAAGUUUUGUAUUAUAAAACAGACCUAUUAACAUUUAGUUAUAUGUCUCUAAUCAAGCCAAACAGUUAAACCACAACACUCUAGUGCAGUGUUUCCCAAUCCGGUCCUCAGGGACAAACAGCCGGUCCAUGUUUUUGCUCCGUCUCUGCUUCCUGCCAGACAGUCCACUGACUGUGGGGCCUCCGGGACCGUAUUGGGAAACAGUGCUCUGGUGCCUUCAUGCUAAACUAUUCCCUAGUCACAUUUUUUCUUAUGUUGAAAUUAAUGAACUAUGAAUAGAACAUUAGGAAGUAUGUUAGUGAGCAAUCUAUAUAUAAUAUACGCACUUUUUAAAUGUUAACCACUGAAUCAUAGAGGCAGGAUCCUAUAAGAAGAACUGAAGCAUGGCAUUGAAAUUUCACUACUCACUGGCCUAAGCAACUUGGUAUUGUACUUAUAUGAUGCUAUAAUGUGAAUUUACUCUGAAAUAUCAUUGUUUAUUAUAUAAAGUACUUUUCUUCUCUGUGAGAAGAUUUAAAUAUCAGAUGUUGAUUUGUAUUGUGUUGAUUGUAGAUACAUAUAAGAUGUAUUAGAAUAUAAAUUGCUGGGAAAAGCAACCAUUGAAGUUCUCUUGUAGUUAUUUUAGAUAUUCCCAAAGAAUAUGAGAUAUUUUUCAUGCUUUAACAAAGAUGAGUUUAAUUGCAACUCUGGUAGCAGAAUUGAUCUAUAUUACUGCAGUUUACCGCUUCAUGGAAGUGCAUUUAUAUGUUAACGGCUAUAUAGCUGUACACAAUAAUUAUAAAUCUGUCUCCUUUUUCAUUUACAAGUGAUUGUAAAUUUGUCAGAAGUUUUUUUUAAUUAAAGGAAUAUUAGUGUUCUGAAAGAAA